CGCCGGGCGGCCCGGGCGCGCGGCCCUUCGCCAUGUACACCUUCGUGGUGCGCGAUGAGAACAGCAGCGUCUACGCCGAGGUCUCCAGGCUGCUCCUCGCCACCGGCCACUGGAAGCGGCUGAGGCGAGACAACCCCAGGUUUAACCUGAUGCUGGGCGAGAGGAACCGGCUACCGUUCGGGAGACUCGGUCAUGAGCCUGGGCUGGUGCAGCUGGUAAACUACUACCGCGGGGCUGACAAACUGUGCCGCAAAGCUUCUUUAGUCAAGCUAAUCAAGACAAGCCCAGAACUCUCCGAGUCAUGCGCAUGGUUCCCUGAAUCCUAUGUGAUUUAUCCAACGAAUGUUAAGACCCCAGUUGCUUCAGCACAGAAUGGGAUCCAGCCACCCAUCAAUAACUCAAGGACAGAUGAAAGAGAAUUUUUCCUGGCUUCUUAUAACAGAAAGAAAGAAGAUGGAGAAGGCAGUGUUUGGAUUGCAAAGUCAUCAGCUGGAGCCAAAGGUGAAGGCAUCCUCAUCUCCUCGGAGGCGUCAGAACUUCUGGAUUUCAUAGACAACCAGGGCCAAGUGCAUGUGAUCCAGAAAUACCUUGAGCGUCCUCUGCUCCUCGAGCCGGGUCACCGCAAGUUUGAUAUUCGAAGCUGGGUGUUGGUAGACCAUCAGUAUAAUAUCUACCUCUAUAGAGAAGGUGUGCUUCGGACGGCUUCAGAACCAUAUCAUGUUGAUAAUUUCCAAGACAAGACCUGCCACUUGACCAAUCACUGCAUUCAAAAAGAGUACUCAAAGAACUAUGGGAAGUAUGAAGAAGGGAAUGAAAUGUUCUUCGAGGAGUUCAAUCAGUACCUCACAAGUGCUUUGAACAUUACCUUGGAAAAUAGUAUCUUGCUACAAAUCAAACAUAUCAUAAGGAGCUGCCUCAUGAGCAUAGAGCCAGCCAUCAGCACCAGACACCUCCCUUACCAGAGUUUCCAACUCUUUGGCUUCGACUUCAUGGUAGAUGAGGAGCUGAAGGUUUGGCUCAUUGAGGUCAAUGGCGCCCCUGCUUGUGCUCAGAAGCUCUAUGCAGAACUUUGCCAGGGCAUCGUGGACAUAGCCAUAGCCAGUGUCUUCCCACCCCCGGACAUGGAGCCACCACCGCAGCCAGCUGCAUUCAUCAAGCUGUGAUAGACUGAUGGAGAUGCACACAGCUGCCUUGGGAAACACACGGGGUCCUGCUCCAGAAGAAGAUGAAAUGUCCAGACUGCACCUUAUCAAGCCGAGAUGAGGAGAGGCAACCCCAAGAUGUGUUGGAAGAGCAUGGGAAGAAAAGAGGACAGCAGAUGGUCCAGAGCCAGUGGCGCUCUCCACAGUGCUGCUGACUUUAGCAAACUAAAGAAAAUUUCUCUAGAAGGAGCAGAACAUUCUUGUAAGGGGCCAAAGGCAGGGAGUUGAUUUUCCUGUGUUCUCAUCCUUUGAAAGAGUCUUUUGCUCCUCAGGCAAUGCUGGGAACAGAACCCAUCUUCCCCAGAUGGCAGGCCAGGGACCACUGGUUGGUGUCUUUCCACCUGCUGCAGCCUGUAGUGCCUUAGUUUUGUGCCCAGCUGCAGGCCUGCUGGUCAGGGACAUGGGAAGUGAGAGCAUUUUUGAGGUUGCCCAGGUGUUUCCCAUUCACCUCCUCCACAACACUCUGCCCCUCUAAACUCUGGACAAGCAUGCACCAACUGUCCUUAGUUUUGUACUGUGCUCCAGCCUCUCAACAAUGGCUGUUUUCUCAGCUACCUUCCUGGUGGGCUGUGGCCCAGCACCUGUCAGGCUUCCUGUGUGUUGGGGACCCAACAAUCUGUGCUCUCUGCAUGUUUUAGAGAGGGAGCAGCAACUCUGAUGAGCCUGUAAGCAUCAAAUAAGCAUGAGAGAGGGAGAAAAAACAAAAACAUAUCUUGCUUUACUUAAUAGGUUGGGGUGGGGUGUCUGAAGUAUCAUGGUUUUCAAUUCUCUUUAUUUUAAGCAGAAUGCUAAGUGCAGUUUUACAAAAUUAUUGUUCUUUUUAUUUUCACUUAAAUCUUUGUAGAAACCUCUCUAGGAAGUCAGGGAAGAUAGACUUCCUUUGUUUAUCUGCAUCCCCAGAUGGCCCUGGCCAGAUACAGGUGGCUUUCCCCGUUCUGUUCUCCUUGUGCUCCAAGAGCCUUCUGCAGGGGCUAGAGGCCAGCUUCCAGUGUGGGAAGGAUUUUAUGUCUGUGUGCACCUGUGAAUGUCAGGAGAAAUGCUCUCUGGAUAAGUAAGCUUAGGUCCCACCUAAACAGGAAAGAAGUAGUUCUGAGCUCCAUGCUGCAUUUUGUAAGUCACAAGGUAUGUAGACUAUUAGUUAUAUGUUGUAGACUUCUCAAAAGGCCACAUUAUUAAUAUGAGGAGAUUUAUUUAUUUAUUUAUUUUUGUUUUUGUGUCAAUCCUGGGGUCUGGAUGCUGACCCUG